AUGGCUGCUUUCCAGACCUCGAUCGCGAUGUUUGUCGCUCAUAUCAUUUUGCUACUCGGUCUGCCGGCCUCGCUCGUCGCAGCUGUCCCAGUGACAGUCCCCGUGACCCCUGUCAACAAUGUUUUGCAAACUUCUCAAAAGACCGCGGCUUCUUCCACUUACUGGGUGGCCAAUGUGGAUCGCCAGGGUGUUGUGCCCUUCGCCAAGAACUCCGACUAUAAGAUUUUCCGUAACGUGAUGGACUAUGGCGCCACUGGUGAUGGUUCUACUGAUGACACUGCCGCUAUCAACAAGGCCAUCUCCUCUGGUGGCCGCUGCGGCAAGGGCUGCGAUUCAUCUACUACCACUCCCGCUAUCGUAUACUUCCCGCCUGGUACCUACGUUGUGUCCAAGCCUAUUGUUCAAUACUACUACACCCAGAUUGUUGGUGAUGCCGCUGUGCUCCCUGUGAUCAAGGCCUCCGCCAAGUUUGCCGGCAUGGCCGUCAUCGACUCUGACCCCUAUGAGGAUGAUGGUUCCAACUGGUUCACCAACCAAAACAACUUCUUCCGCGCCAUCCGCAACUUGGUCAUUGAUCUGACCAGUGUUCCCCAGGGUGCUGGUGCUGGUAUUCACUGGCAGGUCGGCCAGGCCACUUCGCUCCAGAACAUCCGCUUCGAGAUGGUCAAAGGUGGCGGUGAUGCCAACAAGCAGCAGGGUAUCUUCAUGGACAACGGCUCCGGUGGUUUCAUGUCCGACUUGACCUUCAACGGUGGUAACUACGGAAUGUUCCUCGGUAACCAGCAGUUCACCACCCGUAACCUGACUUUCAACGGCUGCCAAACUGGUAUCUUCAUGAACUGGAACUGGGCCUGGACUUUCAAGUCUGUUAACAUCAACAACUGCGAGGUUGGCUUGAACAUGUCUACUUCUCCCUCCAACCAGACUGUUGGCUCUGUCCUCAUGCUCGACAGCAAGCUGACCAACACCCCCAUUGGUAUUGUGACUGCCUGGACCCAGAAGAGUAUCCCCGUCGGCGGUGGUGAUCUUAUUCUCGACAACGUCGACUUCUCCGGCUCCAAGACUGCCGUUGCCGGUGUUGAUGGACACAGCAUCCUCGCUGGUGGCAGCGUUGUCGACAGCUGGAUCCAGGGUAACACCUACACUCCCUCCAAGACUAUCAACAAGCGCGCCACCGAGGCUGAGCCCGAGCUGGUCACCGUCGUCGAGACUGUCAUGGAGACCGUCCUUGCUUGCCCCGCUUCCCACAGCAUCCCCGGCGCAACCGCAUUGGCCAGCAACCCCCCUGCUCCUUCUCGCGCUGUUUCCAGUGACAGCGUCGCCGCGCCCUCCCCAGUGCCAGUUGCCAGCGGAAGCAGCGUCCCCGCGCUCCCAUCUUCGAGUGGCUCCUCUGACCGCACUGCUGGAUUCCCCGAUAUUCCUAUCCUGGGAGGUGUCAUGUCGCUUCUUGGAGGUGAUUCCUCCGAGACCGAGGCUGUCCAGCUUACCGUCGUCCCCACUCCCACUAGCCAGGCUCCCGUUACCUCUGCUGCUGUCCCUGCCAUGUCCACUGGAUCUAGCACCACCAACACCAACGGCGCGCAGUCUGGCAGUGACAGCACUGGCGGCGGAUCCUGUGGUCCCCACAAGGCUGUCGUUUCCGCUCGCACUCAAUCAGUCCGCAAGCACGGUGCCAAGCCCGACAGCCUGCUCGCUGACGGAGCCGUCUUCGAGCGCUCCAAGCCUUUGUACACCGACGUCGAUGCCUCCAACUUCAUCAGCGUCAAGUCCGCAGGUGCCAAGGGUGACGGAACCACCGAUGACACUGCUGCUAUCCAGAAGAUCUUCAACAGCUGGAAGGAGGGUCAGGUUAUCUACUUCGACCACGGUGCCUACAUUAUCACUUCCACCAUCAAGAUCCCCAAGAACAUUCGCAUCACUGGUGAGAUCUGGCCCAUGCUUAUGGCUCACGGUCCCAAGUUCGCCGACCAGGAGAACCCCGUUCCUCUCUUCCAGGUCGGUCAGAAGGGUGAAUCUGGAAAUGUCGAGAUGAGCGACCUCAUCAUCACCUCCAAGGGUGCUGCCGCCGGUGCCAUCCUCAUGGAAUGGAACCUCGCUGGUGCCUCCCAAGGUUCCGCUGGUAUGUGGGAUGUUCACUUCCGCAUCGGUGGUGCCGCUGGUACCGAGCUCCAGAGCGACACCUGCCCCAAGACCCCCAAGACCAAGACCACCCCCAAGAAGGAGUGCAUGGCCGCCUUCAUGCUGCUGCACAUUACCUCCAAGGGAAGCGCCUACCUCGAGAACACUUGGUUCUGGACUGCCGACCACGAGCUUGACCUGAAGGACCACAACCAGAUCAACGUUUACACCGGUCGCGGUGUCCUCAUCGAGUCCACCAACCCCGUCUGGCUGUGGGGUACCUCCUCCGAGCACCACCAGCUCUACAACUACCAGGUCUCCAGCGCCAAGAAUGUGUUCAUGGGCCUCAUCCAAUCCGAGACCCCUUACUACCAGUCCAACCCCACAGCCUUGACUCCCUUCACUCCUCAGGACUCCUGGAACGACCCCGACUUCGCGAACUGCAAGACCGCCUCCUGCCGCAAGGCCUGGGGUCUGCGUGUCCUCAAGUCCUCGGACGUCUACGUCUACGGCGCAGGUCUCUACAGCUUCUUCGAGAACUACGCCCAGUCCUGCCUCAACUCGGAGGAUUGCCAGGAGAACAUGGUCGAGGUCGACUGCUCUGACGUUCACCUCUUCGGUCUCAGCACCAAGGCCUCCGUCAACAUGGUCACUUCUUCCUCGGGCAAGGCUCUCGUUCUGGAGAAGCCCAACAAGAGUAACUACUGCUCUACCAUCGCUCUUUUCGAGCAGUCUUAG